GCUGAACAAGUUGAGGGGGAAUUAAUAAAUGAGAAAAUCGAGUUUGAUUUACUCAUUGCUUGUGAUACAAUGAUUUCAAUAGAUGGAAAAUUAAUUGGAAAACCUUUAAACAAUAAUGAUGCCUUUAAUAUUUUAAAAUCCCUUGAUGGGCGUAAACACCAAGUUCGGACAGGAAUAUGUUUAAUAAACAAAAUUGGGAAAAAGGUUGUGUUUAGUGUUGAAACUGAGGUAGAAUUUGGAAGAAAUGGAGAUAAAUUAAUUUGGAAUUAUAUUAAUACUGGAGAAGCAAUGUUUUUUUUUAAUUAA